CUCAAUGACCAACCAUACCAUUAAUCCAAGAAAAUUUAAAUACAUGUAGUUAUUUAAAAAUUUGGGUGGUAGUUGUCCACAUGUUAAAUUUUGGGUGGUAUUAUAAGAAAAAUAUUAAAAUAAACGAAAAAAUGGGCUGAGACUUGAGAGCUAGAGACUUCUUAACUAAUCCGUUAGCUUCCCGCGUCGACGAGUCAAUAAUUCCCCUCUCUGGAGUACUUCACCAAAGAGAGGUCAGGAGAGACCGAGAGAGCAACCGAUCCAAAGUCUAGGGCAAAAUCGACUUUCCGAUUUCCUCAGCCUUACCCGAAAUAUCUCCGAGAGCUCGAAUUCGUUAUUCUCUGAACUUUCUCUUGUGUAUGGGGAAACAUCAAUUCCUUUCUCCCACUUGAAGCGAUUUCUUUCCCCCCCAUUUCCCCGCCGAAUCUCUCGAACCACCCCGAGUCCGUCUCUCAUGGCCUUCCGCGACGCAGUCCGCCGGCGACUGGCGUCUCUGCUGCAGCCCUGGCUGGUGGAGGAGCCGGAGAUCGAAGUCGAGCUAGGGAUUAUAAACUCCCGCGUAACUGCCAGGCACCUGAGCUUGGAUGCGUCUUCACUCAAUUCGUACCUCGACGGUUCGUACCGUUUCGCGGUUGCGCAGGUGACCGUGGAGCUGUUCUCUGUGCGUUUCUCCAACUGGUCGGCGCCUGCGUUCGAUUUCGAAGUCCGCGGCCUCAAUGUCGUGUUGUCGGCAGGGCAACCGAAGGAGGAAGAGCGUUCAGUUGGCGGUAGGAGGACGUGGACGAGUGAGGAUGCUGACGAGGAGAAGAAGAAGGAAGUGGCUAGCCACGAUCCUGAGGGCAGUGACUUGCAUGAUUUGCUGGAGAAGAUGUUGAGCACCAGUUGCUCAAGCAGUAGUUUCAAGAAUUCUCUGUUAAAUGUUGUUCUUGCACAUUGCCGUCUUCAGAUGUUCAAUACUAGUCUUGAAGUGCAAUACCCCAGUGUAAAUGAGGCGCCGUUGUGCUUGGCAGAACUUAAAUCAUUAAGUGUGGAGUCAAACUAUUAUGAGGGAUGUUUUGCCAGACGGCUUAUGACUGCAGUUCUUAGACCUCAGAAGGAGACUUCUUUUGUGAUGGACUUUACAGGGUUUGAGGUUGGUUAUAGGCUGAAAGAUCAAUCUGCUCAAGUUGUUUCUUCGGCGGAUCUUCUUGGUUAUGCUAGAUAUAGUGAUCUUCAACUCGUUGACUUCAGUAUCCAUGUUUCAGAAUGGAAUCUGUUACUAUCUCCAAUUGACCUCCCAGUGCUGUUAGUGUUUGUUAAUACUUUCUCAAAAAUAUCCAAGAGGGUUAGAAAUGGUGGACAACUUUGGAGACUAGCUGCAACCAGAUUGCGACGUGUGUCUCCCAAGCUUUCAUUGUACAAUGUAGUGGAAUUUGCUUGUCUGUGGCUACGGUAUCUCAGAAGUUAUGAGUGUUUGUUAUUGAUGGUUCACUAUGCUGAUAAGGGAUCAUUAAAAGUGUUCAUUGGUAAAAUGUGCAAGGAUAAGAAGUUGUUGAAUUCUGUAAAAGAGUUUUGGGGGAUUAUUUCUGAUGUUGAGAAAGAGCUUCCAGCUGAAUAUAUUGCUCAGGCACGGCGGAUAGCUCGAUACAGAGUUGCGAAGAGCAUCAUCCAAGGUCAUGAAGGCAAUUAUAUCUCAUCUAGCAGUGGUCUGGUCAAGAUAUUCUCUAAGGCUUUCAAGGGAUUAGCUGUCAUCUGGAAUAUUAUCUGCAGAAUAUUCCUCUGGACUUUACAGUUUUUUUAUUUGACAAACAUCUUCAUUCAGAAACCAAAAGUUCAUAGUUUGUUAGAAGCCGUGUCUGAAAAUGACAUCCCUGAAGUCUGCUUUCUCAUAGAAUUCGGAAAAAUUUCCAUCUCAUUAUCUCCAAUCUCAGGCUUUGAGAACGAUAAUAAACAAAUAGAGCCACCUGUUGAUAUCUCAACUUCAGAACUCCACUCAUUCUGUCUGUCAAUAGAUGCGUUAGUAUUGUUGUAUCUUAAUGGUACGUUUGAGCAAUCUAUUUUUGUUUCCUGUGGGCAGUUGAAGGUUGAUCCUUCUUACAUAAGCACUAGUUCUUCAGAAGGUCAUGAUCUCGGUCCUGCUAAAGUAAGUAAAAAGGUGCCUCCCGAGUAUGCAAAAUCUGUUCUAUGGAGUGAACCAGCACAAACAUUAGUCUCUGGGCAACCAGGAACUGAUGCUGGAGUUCAAGUGAAAGGCGCCUGUUAUGGACUUCUAAAAGAGAUUAUGGGAGAAAUGUGGCUGGCUUGGGAAAGAACUUGUCUGGAACUUGAUGCUCGUGAUGUUGAUUACUCCGACAACCCUUGGCUUCUUUGUCAAGUAAAAAACUGUCUGAUGGUUCCAGACCUGAAUACUCCAGAUUUUCAGUGCAGUAAAUGCUGCAUGUCACUUGGUAAACUAACUCUGUCUCUGGGGUAUCAAUCAGUGCUAUCAGCUCUGAUUUUGUGCUACCAAAUAGAACAGGCUCUUAGCUUGGCAAACCAUGGUCAGAGUGUAAGUGCCUCAUCACAAGCCACCACAGUCCAGGAGCUUCCAGAUUCUGAACUUGGAAUCAAAUAUGACUUAUAUGUUGGUGAAAUGAAGAAAACUUUCCUCAAAAUGAUCCCAAAGAAACAAGUUCAGCUUGGAUUAUUCAUUACUGGGAUUGACAUUGAAAUUUUGUCAAGUCAGGCUGGUUUUCCUUGCGAGAGUAAACAUCUGAAUGGUGUAAUUGGUCAAGACGGCUUUCAUCUAGAGCUUGAUAUAUGUAGUAUCGAGGUUGCUGUCUGGCCAUCUUCUAAAUUCGACAUAGGGUUGGCCAAGUUCCCAGGAUCUCAUGAUCUAGAGCCAAGGGGCUCACGGUUGAGGGAUACUGAGGCAAUAGAAAUUCCUGGGACGGAGAAUGAAAAGUAUGCCUCUCAAGGUUGUGUUUCCCUGGGUUCUUACAUGAAAGUUAAUGGUUUGAACUUCACUAUUGGAGAAAUGAAGGGAAGAAAAGAUUAUGGAUUUCUUAUACUGAAGCCAAUAACUCUCCAGUUAUCAUUAUUCAGGGAGUGUGUUCAUUCUUUUGGCAGCACCGUUGUUGCUUUUUCUGUGGCUUUACAUGUGGAAGCUACAGGGCUCUCUAUCUUUUCAUGCAUGGAUGAGGUGGAAGAUCUGUUGCAGGUUGUAGCAGGUCUGGUUUCUGAAGUUCCUACUGCGUUUGGUAACUUUGACUUGGUUGGUCGUUCACCUCAAACUUAUAUGAGGCACAAUGUGAUGUUUGAAGAAGCUGAUACUGAUGAUACAAAUGUAAAAGGAGCACCUUUGAUUGACAAGAGUCUUAUGUUCAAAAUUACGAGCUCCUUUGCUUUCAGAGAAAUGGGUAUGAUUCUUCAAAAAGCGCGGAUACAUGAUGGGGUCGAAGGUUAUAUCAAAAUUGAGGAUGCGUUUGUUAGUGAAGAAAAAUCAGGGAUUCCUGAUCUGAGCAGUUAUGGAAUUGGGAUGUUUUCUCGUCAAAGUAAUCUGGAAAUAUCCUGUGAAGAAAGGAAACUGGAAGUUCACUGUCAUUUGGCAGGAGUCCAUUCUGUAAUUUUCAGAUCUGCAGAUUCCACUGAAAGUUCUUUUAGUUAUUCUGCAAGUUACAAUUUGCUGCAACAAUCUCAUGAUUGCAUGCAUGAGCUAUCUCUUCCAAAUUGCAACAUUUCUUUAUGGCUGGGUCAAAGACAUGUACUAGAUGACUCCCUUGUUCUUUCUUCUUCUGGAGGGCCAAGUAUCGAUGAGGGUUCUCAUUCUCUGGGUGAAGCUGAGACAUUAAGUGUCCCCUCCUGCUCAGCAUCUGAAAGUUCUGGUUUUGCUUCACCAAGCACAGAUCAAUCGGCAAGUUAUAGUGUUAUUAUAAAUGUUGAACUGGAUUUACUUUCCGUCUCAAGAUGUUCUGCAAAAAAGCUAGUCAUAGCUCAUCAGUAUAAUAAACUUACAUCCUUGAUUUUGGUUGGUGGAGAUCUUCAGACUAUCUCUUGGGAUAUACAGGUACCAGUUUCCAAAACAAAGCUUUUGAGAAUGGCACAUUAUGCUAUUGAGCAGGGUGGUCCUUUGUUCAUUGAAGUUACGGCUCUUUCACUGUUGGCUAGAUGUUCUGCUUCAUCCCUUCGGCGCAUAACAGAUAUUGUAUCUAUAUUAAACACAUCGUUUGAACACACAGAACGUAACAAAAGGCGGGUCCAAGAAACCACGGGUACACCUCAACAGACAAAAUGGGAGCUACCUAAAGCUUCAACCUUGAAUGUAUCGCAGCUUUCUCUUGUUCUUGCUGUUGAAGAUGACUCUGGUUGCUUUCAGGAACUAGUGAUCGGAGUUGACAUUCAUGUGAAACUUCAGUCAAACGACAUACUGACAGAACUGGUGUUCGAAGUUUCUCGCAUGUCAAUCUUUUCCCAGAUCGCCGGAGAACAAUUUAAAACUGGAAAUCGAACACCACAUUUUUCUUCCAUAGAGUCAAAUGGAUCAUCUUCUCGUCCUUAUGGAAAUCCUGCUGUGACUUCGUCGGGCAUCGGCUCGAAUCAUAUAAAUCACCAAAAUGACAUAUUGAAGCAUUUGGUUGUAUCUGUUACAGCAGAGAAGCAAAAGAACGGUCCUGCAAACUUAUCUGAGGUUUGGGCUGGCCAAGGUUCAAUCUCAGGUUUUGAUAUGACUGUAUCACUAUCCGAAAUUCAGUUGAUUUCUUCUAUGCUUUCAUCCUUUUCUGCUACACCCCAUGAAGAGGCAGCUCAUGAGUCAACAAAAAAGCGCUGGUUCACUGAUGAUGGCAGCGACAGAGAAACAGGAGUUAUGGUUCCGGAUGGCGCAAUAGUUUCAAUUCAAGAUGUACAUCAGCACAUGUAUUUUGCAGUGGAAGAAGGGGAAAAUAAGUAUAACAUGAUUGGUGCAAUUCAUUAUUCUCUUGCCGGAGGGAGAGCUCUUUUCAGGGUCAAGCACCAUGUGCAAAGAAUAUGGAAAUCAUCCAUCGUAUGGUUCUCGUUGAUAUCCUUGCAUGCCAAGAAUCACGAUGGGGAACCAUUUCGAUUGAGCUACCGCCCAGGUUCAAGUUUUGUUGAUAUCUCUAGCACAAGUGAGAAUGCAGGGUCACUCUGGAGAAUUAUCUCUCGUGAACCCGAAAGCUCUAAGGAUGGGAUCGAUUGGGAACCAUAUAACAAGCUGGUGAAGAAUACAUUUUACCUGGUCAACAAAAAGAACGAUUGUGCUGUUGCCUUUGUUCGUGAUGUACCAGAGUUUGUGAGGAAGCCCGGAAAUCCUUUCAAGUUUAAAGUUUUCCAUGAUGUUGCAAUGGUUCAUGAUGUUGCAACAUCACAUAGUUACCCUAUGGAGUCAUCAGGCUCUGGAGUUAAUGGAGUACCUGCUGUCCGUCAUGAUCAAAGACAAAGUUCCGCGCAGAGCGAGAGUCUUCCAUGCAUUCAAAUAAGAAUCAACAGUGUCAGCUUGACCAUUGUUCAUGAACUUUUAGAUUCCAAGGACAGGUCUCCUUUGCUUCGCUGUUGCAUCAACAAUGCCAAACUCAAUGUUCAAGUUCUGUCUAGUAAAACCAGAGUUAUGAGCACAUCAACUGCCUCAGUUUCUUAUUUUGAUUCUCAAAGAAGUGAAUGGAGUGAAUUUGCUCAUCCAGUUGAUAUAUGCACAUUUUACCGUUCAAGAGUGGAUUCAAGAACUGACCGACGAAGGCUACCUGUGGACAUCUAUUGCAGAACUAACGAGGUGCAUAUUUCUCUAAGUGAGCUUGCACUGGAUGUACUUUUAUUCGUGAUUGGGAAACUAGAUUUGGCUGGUCCAUUCGCUGUGAGGAGCUCGAAGAUUCUGUCUAAUUGCUGUAAGGUGGAUAACCAGUCAGGUUUAGAACUUAUAUGUCAUCUCGGUGAAGACAGAAGUAUCAAAGUUAUCAGAGGACAAUCUGCUUCCAUAUUUUUGAGGUAUAAUACAUCUGCAAACCAGCUAGUGGAGAAAGUGUCAGCUAUCAGUAUUCAACUUUCUAACAGUGCAUCUUGGGCCACAUCAUCUGUCCAUCUUUCUCUUGUGAAAUCUCAAAUAGUAGCUUGGAGAACAAGAAUCAUGUCACCUCAAGAUUCAAGAACUUAUCCCGGGCCAUUCGUUGUGGUUGACAUUUCAAGAAGAUCAGAGGAUGGUCUGAAGAUUGUGGUGUCUCCAAUGGUAAGAAUACAUAAUGAAACUGGAUUCCCCCUGGAACUACGAUUUAGGCGGCCUCAAGAAAAUGAAGAUGUCUUUGCUUCAGUAUUCCUUCAAAAGGGGGAUGCAAUUGAUGAUACGUUGGCAACAUUUGAUGCCAUAAGCUCAUCUGGUGGGCUGAAGAAGACAUUAAUGUCAUUAAGCGUUGGUAACUUCUUAUUUGCAUUCAGGCCUGAAGUUCCAGAUGGCUCUAUCAAUUCCAUGAGUCCGGUCUCUGCCGAAUGGUCAGAUGACUUUAAAGGUGGAAAAGCUGUUCGUCUGUCCGGGAUUUUUGACAAACUAGGCUAUAAAGUUCGCAAGGCCCUAUCUGUUGAAUCAAUGAAAUGUUCCUUCAGCACUGCGUAUUGCAGUCUCAAAUCUGAAGAUGCACAUAUCAUUGACUUGCAUUUCUUAAUUCAGAAUAUUGGACGAGAUAUACCCAUUGCACAACCAGACACAAAUCAUGAUGGUUCGGAAAGUAGAAAUUCGGCAGUAGCAUUACGAGAGCAAAGGGAAAUAUUUAUACUUCCUACAGUUCGGGUGUCAAAUUUGUUGGAUUCUGAUAUCCAGGUCCUUCUAACUGAGACAGAUGUAUAUACCUCCAUCUCUAGUGUGAAUAUUGGGAAGCAAGCAACUGUAUCAUCAGGAUCAACAGUCGACUUUUAUGCUAAUCCUGCCAUAAUAUACUUUACUGUUACCCUAGCUGCUUUUGGUUCAACCUCCAAACCUGUGAACAGUGGUGAUUGGGUCAAAAAGUUACGUAAGAACAAAACUGAUGUACCCUGCUUGGACAUUGAUCUGGAUUUUGGUGGUGGGAAGUAUUUCGCAUCUCUUAGAUUAUCCCGCGGGCCCAGAGGUGUACUGGAGUAUUCGCAGGCUGCUAUCUUCACUCCAUAUUCCUUGAAGAAUGAGACAGAGUUUUCCUUAUUCUUUUUUGCUCCUAACCAGAAGACCUUAUCGAGGAGUGAACUUGAGACGUCUGCCUCUAACAUUCCUCCAGACGUCGGAUUAUUUUUGCCUCCAAAAUCAAUUAGCUCAUGCUUUUUAAGAUCUCACAAGAUGCAGCUCAUAGUCCUACAGCACCACCAAUCAAAGGCAUUGCUAGACUUGGAUGCUUUGUCUGCCCUCACAGAGAUAAGCUUGAAAAUAGAAGAGGAGUCUAGAGUUAAAUACAUUGUGAAGUUGGGGGUGUUAGUGGGACCUUCUUUAAGUAAGGUGGUUGUCCCGUCUCAGAUGGUAACUCUGGUCCCAAGACAUGUGGUGUUUAACGAGUCGAGUGAAAGUAUUACCAUCCGUCAAUGUUAUUUGGAGGAUGAAACAACAGGAAUAGUUUCCAUUGGCAGUAAGCAAAGAAAAGCAUUGCUACUGCAGAGUGGCAUUGCUAAGAGCAAGGAACUCAAUUCGUUUGAAAAUUUCAUCAGAAGACAUAAAAAUGACGUCGAGACGUCACUACUGUAUGUCCAGUUUCGAUUGGAUAAGUCUGGAUCUUCUUGGUCAGGCCCAGUGUGUAUUGCUUCAUUGGGACGCUUCUUUGUGAAAUUUAGAAAAGAACCUGACCAAGUGCAAUUGGUAGACAAUAGUACAACAGAAUUUGCUGCAGUGUUUGUUGCCGAAGAAGGUUCUGUUCUUGGUGUGCACUUCCACAAACCACCAAAUAUUGGUCUCCCGUAUAGGAUUGAGAACCACUUGCAUGAUACGUCUAUAACAUAUUAUCAAAAGGAUUCAGCGGAGAGGGAGGUGCUUGGAUCUAAUAGUAGUGCUUUUUAUGUCUGGGACGAUUUGACUCUUUCGCACAAACUGGUUGUUUUAGUCAAUGGUAUGCAUCUAUUACGGGAGAUUAACCUUGAUAAGGUACGAACCUGGAAACCUUUCACAAAGCUGACUCCACUCAGAAGCCUUGCCUCUCAUUCACAUUUGGAGGGAAAAGCGGACCAGAAAUCUAGUCAGUUGAAUACCAUAGCCGUUGUGAGGAUAGGAUAUGAAGUGUACGCAGAGGGUGCUACACGAGUUUUAAGGAUCUGUGAGUUCUCUGAUAGCCAUAAAGGAGACCGAUCAUCUCAGUCUAGCGCAAGAAUUCAAUUAAGACUUGCUGAGCUUGCUGUUCGCUUUCUUGAGCAAGGAAAAGAGGAUUCGGAUGAUAAUGAGGAAUUGCAUUACAGCCCCUUGGCUGUUGCAAGAUUGGGAAACGUUGACUUGGAUUCAGUAAUCACCGAUGAACAGAAGUAUAACCUAGUCACGAUCCAGUCAUUAACUGUGGACAAUAAGUGGGCAGAUGCUCCUUUCGCAGCGAUGCUUCGGAGACAUCAACUAGAAUCGAAUGACUCAGAUUUUCCUGUACUGAAAGUUUUCUUCGUCCCUCUUUCAAUCAGCUCUAAAGUAACCCAAGUUAAAUACUCAUCAAUCAUCCUCCAGCCAAUCGAUUUGAACAUAGAUGAGGAGACAUUGAUGAGAUUCGCCUCAUUCUGGAGAUCUUCUCUCAGUGACUCAACUGCUCCAAGUCGGCAGUAUUACUUCGACUAUUUUGAGAUCCACCCUGUGAAGAUAAUUGCAAACUUCCUUCCCGGCGACUCUUAUUCGAGUUACAGCUCAACACAGGAGACUCUAAGAUCACUAAUCCAUAGUGUUGUGAAGGUUCCCACCAUAAAAAAUAUGGUUGUAGAACUUAACGGGGUUCUGGUCACUCAUGCUUUGAUAACCAUGCGAGAACUAUUCAUCAAAUGUGCCCAACACUAUUCUUGGUAUGCUAUGAGGGCCAUCUAUAUUGCCAAGGGAAGCCCCUUGCUCCCUCCAGCCUUUGCAUCUAUAUUUGAUGACAUGGCCUCGUCUUCUCUUGAUGUCUUCUUCGAUCCUUCUCGUGGACUAGUCAGUCUUCCAGGAUUGACUUUAGGUACCUUCAAAUUCAUCAGUAAUUGCAUUGAUGGCAGAGGGUUCUCAGGGACAAAGCGGUACUUUGGUGAUUUGGGCAAAACGUUGAGGACAUUGGGGUCAAAUGUGCUGUUUGUUGCUGUUACUGAAGUAUCCGAUUCUGUCCUGAAGGGAGCAGAAACAACCGGUUUUGAUGGAAUGGUCCGCGGCUUUCGCCAAGGCAUUCUAAAUUUGGCCAUGGAACCAUCGGUGAUUGGGACAGCCGUCAUGGUUGGUGGCCCGGAUAGAAAGAUUAAACUCGAUCGCAGCCCAGGUGUCGACGAGCUCUACAUUGAAGGAUAUCUGCAAGCGAUGCUGGAUUCAAUGUAUAAGCAAGAGUACCUUAGAGUCAGAGUCAUUGAUGAUCAGGUUAUCCUUAAGAACCUACCCCCAAACAGCUCCCUCAUAGACGAAAUCAUGGACCGUGUCAAGGCCUUCCUCGUAAGCAAGGCACUGUUGAAAGGCGACGCGUCCUCUUCUUCUCGCCCCUUCCGCAAUCUCCGAGGAGAAAACGACUGGAAGAUCGGGCCGACUGUCUUGACCCUCUGCGAGCACUUGUUCGUCAGCUUUGCAAUCCGCGCUCUGAGAAAGCAGACCGUGAAAGUGUCCGGUAAAGUGCUGGCCAAUAUCAAGUGGAAGAACGAAGAAACAGCAGCAACAGGAGAGGAAGUGGGAGAAGAUGGCAGCAGCAAUGCUAUAGUCCCAGCACUUGACGGCGGGAAGAUGAGGUUCGUCUGGCAAUGGGGCGUCGGCAAGUUCGUUCUGUCGGGUAUCCUGGCGUACAUCGACGGAAGAUUGUGUCGCCGGAUUCCUAAUCCGAUUGCUCGCCGGAUCGUUGGCGGCUACUUGCUGAGCUUUCUGGACAAGGACGAAAACGACAAGUAACAAUUGGGACUGAAAGAAAGGUAAUGGUAAUGAAUGUAACAGUGGACUGGUCAAACGCUACACGUUUGCGAAUUGCGACGCCCACAGCUGCCUAUUAUCCGAGAAAAGCCUGAAAUCGUUGGGACUUUGGUGUAUAGCUUUUGGAGGUUGGUUCUGUCCAAUACCAAGUUCGACUGUUUAGAUACUGUCAUAUAUGUCUAUAGUAAUGGCUAUACUGUCAUAUAUGUUGCUCAAAUAACAAACUUCUUGGUCUUGAUAUAAUGAAAAACUUCUAGUAGGAUGUCUAUGUUAGUCGAAAUUGUUUUAGAUGGAUGUAAAAUUGAGCGAGAACACACAAGCUUUGAAGUCUCGAGAAAAAAUUAUAACGUCAGAGCGAUCUAAAUGAUCGAAAUGAUGUAUGAAGGAUAGAAAUGAUCGAAAUGGUGAAGUGAUAGCAUAUAAUUAGG